UGGUCGAGAAGAAGCAGGAACUUAGAUGGGAAGGGGAAGAAGAGGGGAACAAGGCGCAUGCCCAGUAGUACGCGAGUCUCGGUCAGAGCGGCCGAGCUCCUAGCGCGGCGGCGGAUUUCUGGCCUUCGCGGCCCUCGAGCCUCUGACUUCCGGUGGUCCCGUGAGGUCGCGGUUUGCUCCGUUUCCAGGUGGGCGUGAGGAGGACUCAGUGGGGCCGCCGCCGCCGCUACCGUGGGAAGUCAUGGAGAAGCUGCGGCGGGUGCUGAGCGGCCAGGACGACGAAGAACAAGGGCUGACCUCACAGGUCCUGGAUGCCUCAACACUUUCUUGGAACACUAGAUUGAAGUGGUUUGCCAUAUGUUUCAUAUGUGGCAUUUUAUGUUCUAUUAUUGGAACAGCAUUGCUAUGGCUUCCAGGAGGGGUGAAACUUUUUGCAGUUUUCUAUACUUUUGGAAAUAUCGCUGCAUUAGCCAGUACUUGCUUCUUAAUGGGACCUGUGAAGCAACUGAAAAAAAUGUUUGAAUCAACAAGGUUGUUUGCUACAGUUAUCAUGUUGAUUUGUUUGGUAUUAACUCUGUGCGCUGCUCUUUGGUGGCAUAAAAAAGGAUUGGCUCUGCUAUUCUGCAUAUUGCAAUUUUUGGCAAUGAGUUGGUAUAGUUUAUCAUAUAUCCCAUAUGCAAGGGAUGCAGUGAAGAAAUGCUGUACCUCUCUGAUAAGUUAAAAUAAAGAUACUUUUUUGAAGGGUAAAUUUUUAUAUUAUUGUCCAAUUUUCUUGAGGAAACAUAUUCAAAAUUAAUUUUUACUCCAAAAACAUGUUGCAAUAAUUUUAACAUUUUUGUAUACUGAGUAAAAAACCUUUUCUGUUUA